UUACCGUGACAACUGCGCACGACCUUCCACUUCCUGUUCUCUCUUUUAGAAAUCUAAAACAUAACGUUUAGCGAGAUAACUAGCUAGAAUACCAAACAAUUCCAUGUUCCGUUGAGAAAAACGCUAGCUAAAAUCCGACAUGACACUACAGAAAGUAUGGACGUCGAAGAGUGUUUUAAACAGAUGUCUACAAGAGAUGGUUGCUCAGAGUCAUUUCCUUCGUGUAUCAAGUUUACACACAACAACCACUCAGCACAACUCCAACAAGACAUCAAUUGUACGAAGCAGUCGACAGAAGUAUGAACGGUUGUAUCCACUGUUGCUCGUACAACCCGAUGGUUCCACAAUUAACAUUAGGUACAAAGAGCCCAAGAGGAUACUCAUGAUGCCUGUGGACAUCAGUACACUCUCAGAGGAAGAAAGGAAAAUGAGAAUGCGGAAGCGGGAUCCCAGGAAGGGAGCUGUUAAGCAGAGGACAGUGGAAUUCGAAGAUGAUUUCAAAGUGGAUGAUUACAGCAAGUUUUGGAAGAAGUGAUAGAGCCUGUUGUAGCUAUUUAACUUUGACUAUUCUGCCAAUCAGGGUUUUCGGUUAGCCAACAAUUGUCAGCUUUUGGCAAACAAAUGAAUCAAUGAAAAGCUGUUAAAUAAAACUUGCAGUCCAAAAUGACUGGUAGGAAAAAAAACUCCCAUUGCAAAAUGUUAUUGAUUCAUUGAUGGAAAUACAUUUGACCAUCAUUCUUAUCGGUCUAUAGGUUAAUUUGCAUAAUAUAGUGGAAUAAAAUUGCCGUGUGUAUUUGCGUUA